UCUUCGCAAGGUUUUCAAGGCUUUUCUUUAUCUGGUUUAAGCAGGCUUGUGAGUCAAUGCCGACAGUGCCAUGCUUUGCAUAGCUUCACGCAUCCAUCUAGAUAUUUUCAGAUACAGUAAUAUUUUACUAUCAUACAGUUGAUUCAAAAGGAUGUCGAAAAAUACAGAUACUAACAUUGUUCCAAUGAAGUCAAUGGCUCUAGCUAUACCGCCAGAUUCUCCAAAGAAACCCGUGAAAUCAACUGCAGUAGUGAAAUAUUCUGCAGUACAAACUCCAGUGACAUAUGCACAAUUACAAUGCAACACAGAUUUGAACCUUCCACCCAGUAACUGGCUUAGUAGCUCGGCAGAAAGUUAUGGUCUACAAAAUGUUUGGUCUCAGAGUACCGGAUUCUCUAGUUUUCGCAUGGCACACAUGUUUCCUGAUUGCGUUGGUGAAGUGGAUGUGGUGUCAGAUGCUGAAAAUAUAAAGAAAUUGCUUAAACUGCCUUACAAUCAUGAUGUGAUUUCAAUGAUGGUUCAUCGUAUUGAAAAUACAUUGUUGCUAGAUGAUUUUGACAUACAUAAAUAUCUACUGAGACAAGCGGAGAGCGAUUGGGAAUGGUUAAAAAAAUUCUUCUACGAGCAUAUUUUUCAAAAUCUUGGUGACAAAGAAAAACGUCUCUUUCAUAAGGCAUACAGUAGAAAUAGUUUACAACAGAGGAAUCUGGUAUCAAAAUUUCUAUAUCACUCUAUAGUACUAGCGGAUAAAGACAAAGGAAGCGAAAAACCUCAGUUACCUGUGAAAACAUUAGAACCAUGUUUACCUGAGCCUACACAAGAGGAGAAAGUACCUGAUCCAAAUUACAAACAUAAUUUUUCAAGAAACGUUGUAUGGACGUUUGAAAACAUACAGAUGCUUGUGGGGACAGACAUGCCGAUAUUUGGCGGUCAAACACAUCCAUGCAUAAGUUUACGACUGAGAGAUAUGACAAAACCUAUAAAUGUCUUAACAGGAAUAGACUAUUGGUUGGACAAUUUAAUGUGUAAUGUUCCAGAAGUAGUGAUGUGUUAUCAUUUAAAUGGUAUCGUACAGAAAUAUGAACUGAUAAAGACGGAAGACCUUCCAAAUUUAGAUAAUUCAAAGUUUAGUCCUAAAGUAAUUCGAGACGUUGCUCAGAAUAUUUUAAGUUUUCUAAAAAAUAAUGCGACAAAAGCUGGUCACACUUACUGGUUAUUUAAGGGUAAGGAUGAUGAUGUUGUGAAGUUAUAUGAUUUAACAUCAUUGUGCAGUGAUGUUUCAGAAGAGAAGGGACAAAAUCCUUUUACUGUGCCUGUUGCAAUGUUGUUAUACAGAGUAGCUCGCAACAUGAAAUAUUCUCCCGAUUAUCAUCGCUAUCAAGGCACGAUUAGAAUGCUGUUGAAAAAUUGCGUUCAGUUGCUGCCUAAGGAGAAAUAUCCGCAAAUCGUUACAUCUGCACAUUUUAUGCUUUCGGAUUUGUACAUACCAUCGGAUACAGAUCCAGCCAGUCCAGGGUUAUCAGAUCAAAGCGACGAAGAGGAUGUUCAUAGCGAGUGUGGUGCAAGUCAAGAAAAUGAAAAGGAAGAGGAAGAAGAAACUUGCGCGAUUAAAUCUUUGACCUUAGCCAACAUGAAAGAGCAAGUGGAACGUGAGCAACCAAAGUAUAAGGCACCUCCAAUGUCAGGUACUGUAGAAGAGAGAUGUCUGUCUGGAUUGGAACAUGUUACGCACGGACUCGAUUGUCUUCAAUAUUUUCCAACUGAUGACAGCAAUGACGAGGAGAAAAAAAAAACUGAAGAACAUGAGAAAGAGAAAAAGAAAUACGAGGAGAUGCAUCCUAACGUAGCGAAACCUUUCCAAGCGAUUCCUAUGCCUUAUACCCCAUUAAAUCAGAACGACAAGAGUACCACGUCCAAAACAAAUUUGGAGAAUCAUAGUCCCGCCCAUAAAAAGAAAAACAAACAGAAAAAGAAGAAAAGUGAAAAGAACAUUACGAAGGAAGUAGCAAACGUGAAUGCUCUGUUGUGUAAACCGAAGACAGAAACAUUGCCAACAUGGCAAGCGCCGAAAAAAAGCGAUAACAUUUGUUGGAGUGCUCAUUUAGAAAUAUUAUUAUACGAGAAAGCGUCGUUAAUAUUGGCUGUGCUCGCCGAGAAUGAAUAUGUAAAUAAAAAUUAUGGUGCCUCCUUAAGAUAUAUGUUGGAAGUAUUGUAUUGUCAAAAAAUAUUGGAAAUCUUCUGCGGUGUAAGAAAUGAUAAAUCGGUUAGUUAUCUAUUAGCUCGCGCGGGGGAUUGUUGUUUUAUGACGGUGCAGGACUGGUGCAACGUGGAGAAGCAUAGGAAAGAUUACAAUACGAAGAACGAAAUGGAAGAGAAAAUAGUUGAAAAAUUGUUCAGUAUAGAGGAUUUGGAUAUGAAUGGUGCUGAAUUAUUACCGAAGGAAUUAGAAAGUCUAGAAUCUACAUUGGUUUCGUCAUACAAGUGUUACAAGAAAGCUCUGUCUCUGGAGCCGAUGGACAAAAAUAACUUGUUGAGACGACUAGGGAACAUCCAUAACGAGUUGGGUGCUCUUUACAUGAAUCAAGCGGGAUCUCGAUAUCAGCAAGAAAAUAUGGAUGAAUCAUCGAAUUUGCCGGACGUAACUAUACUUUUAACGCAUUCGUUAACUCACUUGGAAUCUGGGGUUAAAGCUUUCGAGACGGUUCACGACGAAGCAAAUUUGGCGCUUUUGCACUCCAAUACCGGUCGACUUAUGCGACUCUGUGCACAUAUGCAUGACAAACAAAACACGCAGGAGCGUCAUUUUUAUAACAAGGCACUCGUGAGCUAUCAAAAGGCUUUGCAAGUCUUAGGUGACAGGAAAACAAAUCCGGCAAUAUGGGACACGGUCAUGUGGGAUUUUUCGACAACGUUGUACACGAAAGCCUCGCUAUUACAGGAUUAUCCUACUGCUAAAUACAAAGAUGAAGUGGAAUUGGAGAGAGAAGUAGUAGAUACUCUUCAGAAGGCACUCAAAUAUUGUGAUAUAGAUACACCGGGACCACGUCAGCCGAUUUAUCAAUUCCGUGCUGCGACCAUUCAACAUCGAUUGGCUUUGUUAUACCAUAGCGUGUACAGAGAAAUUGAGUCGGAUGCGGAUAGUAGCAAGAAAAAGACGAGUUUACAGUUGUGCAAAUUGUAUUACGAUAAAGCAGCGAAGCUAUUGCUCUCGUUAGAGCAGAGUUCGGAAUAUUUGACGAUUCAAAUGGAAAGAGUCGCCCUGAUGGAAUACCAAGCGCGCAAUUGUACUACUUUUAAUAGUAAGCUAAAAGCAUACCAAAAUGGUUUGGAAUUAAUAUUACAUUGUAUACCUAUGAUGAAAAUAUUAUGCGAGCGAGAUAAUGCAAAACAAAAAACAAUCGAAAACAAAACAGAGGAUGGUAAAGCUGAACAGGAAAAAGUGGCCGAAGAACAAAAAUUAAUGGAUGAUGAGGAAAAUCUCAUAGUUCUGUUGGAACAGAGAUUACAAUUUCUUUUACGAUCGUUAACCAAGCUAUUUCUUAGUAAAAGUCCUGUGCAUAAUAAAAAAGAGCAUGAGACACUUGCGAAUCUGUAUAAGCAGUGCUAUAUCCGAACAUUACGACCAGACACAAUGUCCGGAUUUACUUUAAUAAAACGUAUGACACAGCUUUUACAAGAACUCGAUCUUAUGUUAAAGCAAACAUAAUCUUAAACUUAGAUA